AUGGAUGAAAUGGUAGCAGGGUGCCUCUGCCUGUAUGGUUUCGCCACUGUGCAACAACCCGCUGACCAGGCCGCUCUUGUUUUCGGAACGAAUCUCUCCGCCGCAUCCAAUGGCGCCGUCAUCAGGAAGGAAAUAGCUUGUGCUCAAGCUCUAACGCGGGCAUUCCCACCACGGUCGAUUCAUGUUUUUGAGCCCACUCGCACCUGGUCGGAAUGGAAAAAUGAUCCUGUUGCCCCAGAUGCUAAUCCGAGGUCGGCACGUGCGCGCAUCUACCGGUCUCAGACGACGUACAGAAUGGGCUUCGGAGAUGUGGACUUCAUGCGCCAUGUGGCGAAGAAGCUUGAUGACCAUAAAGGCGUUGAAAUCUUGGAACUUCACUGGCUGCUCAGCAGGGAGACUAUCCGUUCUCUAGAGGUCGAGAUUGCGCAAUCGGCAAUGAAGGAUGCAGGUCGAAGAGCGGAAGUACUAGCCAGGAGGGCGGGACUCAACUUUGCUCCCUUGCGAAUGACAGAUUCCGAAUGGCGAGCAAACGGGGAGAUCUUGCCUGCAUCCUGGAAGGACGCCGAGAACGAUACGGGUGGUCGGUAUCUCGACAUGGAGCCGAGGAUGUUUCAGUUUAAUGCUAUCAUCAAAGGCAAUUUCAUUAUCUGGUGA